CCAACCGACCACCGGGGGCAUGCUUCACGUGUUUCCAGAUGGGGCAUAACUACAAAAAUUGCCCAAAGAAGGUCGCGAAUGCUGCUGCUCAUCCGGAUCCAAUUGCGGCUGAUGAUAAUGAAACUCUGGCAUUAGAUGAAUUACAAGAGGUAGUUCUGUAAGUUUUAUAAAUGAAUCCAUAGUGCCAGUUGGACUCCUGGCUCCGUUAGCCCCUUCUCGAUUUCGUGGCCUUGGUAACUCCCGACUUUAUACUCGUGGUCAAGUAACGUGCCGUAUAAAAUUUAAGGAGGUGAUCCUCAAUCAUUCAUUUAUUAUAUUACCCGAGAACUCUAUGGCCUGGCCAAUAAUUAUAGGUAGAGAUAUACUCCCUUCGUUUAACGUCCGUCUUACGUACUCUAAGAAUUACGUCUCUCUUAUGCAACCCCCUCGGGGGGAAAUUGAAACCCAGAACCAGGAUUCACUAGAUGUGGCAACCAAUGAAAUUUCUGCUAUUGACGUUUAUGAAUCAGAAAUUGAGCCUGAUGUUGGCCCCACAUUAUCUUCAAAGCAAUCCGCUAUUGUCCCAUCAAUCAUUAAGGAAAAUUAUCUCGACGAUUCUAUUCAAUGCACUCAGUUAGUAAACCAUAAAAUGAAGAUCAAUCUCACUCAUCAGACUUCUAUGGCUCACGUGGAUGCAUUAAGCCGAACUGAAGCAGUAGGUGCAAUUAGUGAAUUAGACCUCGACUUUCAACUUCAGGUAGCUCAAUCAAGAGAUCCUUCCAUUGACUCUUUAAAACGAAAACUCGAAGUCGGUCCUGUUAAUGGAUGCGUCUUGCAAGAGUCUCACAAUAUCUCCCAUGUACUUAAUGCUACAGCCUCUCCCCAAGCGAAUGGUCAGGUCGAACGCGUUAAUCUUGAGUCCAAAACAGAAGACGUUAGUCGAGACCUUAAUCGUCUCCGUUCCGAAGCACAGGAAAAUAUCGAAAUAUCGCAAAAUCGAAAUGAGCAAUACUUAGCCGAUAGGAACAAGCCAGCUCCUAAAUUCAACGUAGGAGAUCUAGUAGCUAUCAAAUAUACAGACACAAGCGGUGUCAACAAAAAGCUUAACUGUAGGUUUCGCGGCCCUUAUAUAAUUCACAAAACUCUCCCUCAUGACCGCUAUGUCGUUAGAGAUGUUGAGGGAUGUCAGCAUACACAAAUGGCCUAUGAUGGCGUUCUAGAAGUUGAUAAGCUUAGGAAGUGGGCCACUAAUACGUAAAUAUGAUUAGGUAUGUAGUCAAGUAGAAUUGAGGUCAAUCCUAAGUCAGGAUAGCCGAGCUGUAAUAUACUGUAGUGUCAGGUCCGCAACCGGUACCAUUGUGAAGAGCUUUCGAAAUGUCAGAGUGAAUUAUGACCACUGGACAUGACAGUGUGCUGCGCAACUGUCAUGCUGAAUAAAGAUAUUCGUUAUUGGAUCGUUGUACAAGCAA